AUGGACGAGCGUUUUAGAAUUGUGACUAUAAAUAAACAGCAGUCGCUAAGUUGGACCAAACACUUACGCUUCAAGAGCUCAAGGUGUAAGAUGCACGCGUCACUUAAACUUGCUUUGGUCGGUUGUCUGCUGUUGCAGCUUGUGGCUGCGGAUGUUUCCCAUUUGCCGCUGGAGCAGCUGGAGCAGCAUCAUGAUCACCAUGGUUACGACUAUCCCAAGCCCAAGCAGCCUUUUGACAUAGCGGUGACCACAACGCCAGCGCCUACUCCAGCACCCACUUAUCUGCCUCCACCUCCACCAACUCCUGCGCCCACUUACUUGCCUCCUGCGCCAGUCACCAGCACCACCGAAGCUGCCGUUCCUCUGCCCCCUAAGCCUGUGCCCACCUACUUGCCUCCUCCACCACCACCAACCACCACCACUACCAGAAGAACCACAACAACCACCACAACCACAACGCGUGCGCCUACACCAGCGCCCACCUAUUUGCCACCCAUUGUUGUGCCAGAUCCAGAGCCAGGCUAUCACUAUGACGCGCCUGCCCAGCGUUUCCUAUUCUAAGACCCUACGCCAUCUGCUCUUUGACUGUU